AUGGCUAAGAAAGGUGCGCAAUUCCUCCUCCCCGUGUUUCCCCCAGGCUUUUUGGAAUCGCUCUGCGUGCGCAAGCUCCCACCCAUGGCCCUCGUUAUCCUGCACGGCCCUGGUGGUUGGAAAGAACUACAUACUGACGAGCCCCGACAGCAAAGUCUCGUACCAUCAUGGUGCGCCUUAUUUCCAUGGCCAUGA